GAAAGCUGGAGACUCUGAAGUGUCAGUGGGGGCAGAAGAAUCACUGUUGAAAGGCAAUCUUUCCCCGUGGGAAGAAUGGUUCCUUGGCAAGGAGAAGGAGCUGCGUGCCCGCGAGCGAGCGAGAGCUGCAGAGGAAAUAAGUAUACGGCUUGAGAAGAUGAAGCAAAAGCAAGACUGUGAAAGGAGGAAAAGGAUGGCUGAAGAGAAACACAGAGAAUGGCUCCAAAAAAAAAGAGAGGAGGAAAGAAGAGAAAGGGAACGAAAGCUGAGCAAAGAAAUGGCAGAAAAAGCCACAAGGGAACUAGAAAAAAUGCAGCUACAAGAAAAGGCUGAAGUGAAGUAUAAAGAAUGGUUAAAGAAGAAGAGAGCUGAAGAGGCAGCAAAGAAGAAAAAAGAGAUGGAAAAAGCAAAGGAACAGGAAGCUGAGCUGCAGGAGAAGAAAACGAGGUCAGAGAAAAUCUUUCAGGAAUGGCUACAAAAUGCUAGAAAUAAACCACGCCCUGCUGUAAAUGGUUCUGGUUUCCCAAAUGGGAGAGCUACAGGUUUGUAUUGUUGGUACACAGAUAUCUUGUGA